GUUUAUUCAUAAGUCUUUUUAAUUAUACCCUUAAAAAGGACAAAGUUCUUGAAAAGGCUAUAAAACAUAUUCCUAAAAAUGUCAAGUAUACUUCUCCUGAGAUACAAAAUGAAAUUAUUGUCAUAUUAGGAGAAUUAGUACGUCAAAGCGUAGUGGACGAUAUUAAAAAAUCUGAUGUUCCAUGGUUCACAUUGUUAGAAGAUGCAACCAGAGAUAAAAAUAACAGGGAGAAUUUGUCCAUAGGUAUUCGUUACGUAAAAGAUGGGAUCGUUCAUGAAUCCUUACUAGGUAUUUACGUGAGUGACCAAAAUGGAUGCCAAGACGUUUACAGAUAUGACACUUCAAAUUCAAAUUUUGGACAAAUAUGAAAUUGAUUGUUCACGUUUAUUAAGUCAGUGGUUAUGUGGUCAGUCCUAUGACGGAGCAAGCGUCAUGAGUGGUAAAAAAGGUGGAGUUUCUGCCCUCAUGCAAAAAGAGAUUCAAAGGAGUAUCCCUGACAUUCAUUGCUAUAACCACAGGCUCCAUUUAGUUGUAGUCAAAAUUGUUUCUGAAACUAACAUGAUAAAUGUUUUUUUGAUCUGUGUAUAAUGUUACACGAAUUUUUCCAGCAUGGCCAAGUUUCAGCUAUUUGUAAAGGAAAGACUAUUGUUCGCCUUCUCGAACAAAGAUGGUCCGGUCAUUUGGCCAUUAUUAAUGUAAUAUUAGCUAACUAUGCAGAAAUUAUUAGAACAUUAGACGAAAUAAUCCAAAGCAAAUUGUUCGCUGGACAAGACAUUGCCAAGGGUAUUGGAAUAAAGUCGGUCAUGUUAAAGAUAGAUUUCAGAUUCACUUUAAUAUUAAUGAAAGAAAUUCUGGGAUUAUUAGAACCGGCAGAUGCCGCAUUGCAAGGACGAUCGACAAGUCUCAAAGAUGCUUUCGAAAUAAUAACUUGUGUCAAAAAUAAAAUUCAAUUGCUGCGAUCAUCGGAAAAAUGUUUAAACAUUUUAAAUGAAUCACAAAAUCUGGUACCUUAUGCUGACGUAAAAAGUAACGCUGAGAAACGAAAAAGGCAGAGUACUCAUAGCCUAAAUGCUUUUUUUGUGAUGGAAACCCUACCUAAUACCCAGGAAGAGACCGAAGACUGUAGUUUGCAAUAUAAAAGUUUAUAUUUUGAGGCCAUAGAUCUAACGCUUCUUCAGUUGGAAGAAAUGUUUUCGGACAAUGACGACCUAUUGAUGGCCAUUAGUAGCAUUGAAGAAUUUGAUUUGAUAAAACUUCAACCUCUAAAAGAACUUGGUAUCGAGCUACCAUCUAUUGAAGAGUUUUCGGUUGUUAAAGAUUUCGUCACCAUGGAGCAAAAAGAAAGUAUAUUCUCUAAACUUUACAAACAUAGGAGAGCUUUUAGGGCAACGUAUCAGCUCUUUGCAACAAUUGCUACUUUCGGUUGAAGCACGGCACUUUGUGAAUCUUCUUUUUCUUCGUUGACAGCAAUCAAUCGACCUCAAAGGCAUUCAAUGCAGCAUCAACGAAUGGCUGACCUUUCCUAUUUAGCAUUUGAACGAAGAAGAGCCGCUGUACUAGAUUUGUUUCUUCGAAAAUUUCAUAGUUGUGCUAAUAGAAACAUUCAAAUCAGGGUAUAUUUAAAAGUUUGUGUUUAGUUGUUAUAUUUUUUCGGGUUCACUGUAUUGCUAG